AUGGCGUCCUUCGACAAGCCGCGCCAUGUCAAGUACUGGCGGCGCUGCUUCACCAGCCAUCUCCCCUCGGCAUACACAGCCAACGACUCCACCCGCCUCACAUUCGCAUUCUUCAUUGUCUCGGCGCUCGAUUUGCUUGCCGUGCCAUUCACUCCCGAGGACCGCUCAGCUGUUCGUUCGUGGGUCCUGAGCCUGCAACAUCCCGACGGCGGCUUCUGCGGCAGCCCGACACACGGCUUGUCUGGACAAGAUGCGACAAAGGGGUCGGCAAAUCUGGCCACAACCUUCUUCGCCCUGCUCUUGUUAGCUGUUGCCGCCGGAACAGACAAUGAGGCGAGCGCCGCCUUUGCAGGCGUACAGCGGCGCAAGCUGCUCCGGUGGGUGAAGAAGCUGCAGAGACAGGAUGGGAGUUUUGGCCAGGUCCUGUGGGAGCACGAGGCUGUGGGUGGAAGGGACACCCGCCAUAGCUACCUGGCGAGUGCGAUUCGAUGGAUGCUAUGGGCGCGCGAGGAUACGGAGGAUAUUGACGUUGAGAGCAUGGUUGAUCACAUACGGCACACGCAGACGUACGAUGGGGGUGCCGCAGAGGUGUCGGAACACGAGUCUCACGGUAUGCAAGACAGCGCCUUGCUAGAUCCCGAACAAAGGCUAAUGAAAGCAGCUGGCUAUGCGUACUGUGCCGUUGCAGCGUUAUACAUGCUCGACCGCCCGGCGUCAUCCACGGUGCCACAUAGGAGCGAAGCCGCCCAUGAGGGUGUGCCAGAUCGGGAUGCGUUGAUUCAUUUUCUUGUUCACAGACAGUUCAAUUACCUCGCUAAGCAAGAGGAGGAAGAGUCUGACGACGGAGAUGCGAACUACGUGCAGGCCAGACUGGGCGAUCUGAGCUUGACAGAUCGUGGUCCCCAUGUGGGUUUCAAUGGGCGCUGGAAUAAAAAGGCGGAUACUUGCUAUUGCUGGUGGGUUUCCGGGACCCUGGCGAUGGUGGAUAGUAUUCACGCCGUCAACAUUGCCCCUUCCAGGCAGUAUCUCCUGGAUGUCAGCCAACAUAGAAUAGGCGGCUUCUCGAAACAUGCUGGUGGGCCACCUGAUUUAUAUCAUUCAUACCUGGGCCUAGCGGCGCUGGCGCUGAUGGGCGAGGCAGGCUUGAAGGAGUUUGAUGUUGGCCUGUGUUGUAGUAAGGAGACGGUGCGAAAGAUUGAGCUGGCAAGGGCCGGGUUACUCGGGGCCAAGACGAGUGGGUUUGGCGACGAUGGAUUUUGGGAGAGCAUCAACAGGGUGGUUUAA